AUGAGUACAUAAUAGAUCACUGAAAGGUAUCAUUCUAACAGCGAAACUAAGAAUUCUGCAGCAUACCACAAAUUCUUUUCUGAAGAAUAUAAAUAAUACUAAGAUGCUUACAACAUGAACAUGAUGAGAAACUCAACUCAGUUAUUCUAAAAUGAGAGAUUAAAAAUCAGAGAAGUGUCUUAAGGAAGACAUUCAUUUACUAGGACUCAAUAUAAUGAAGAUAUUAAGAGAAUUAAAAAUUUUCAGCUUUCUCAGAGAUACACACAAGAUAAAACAGUAAAAACAUCAGAGUUUGAGAAGGUUGUGGAAAAGCUAAAAGAUGAACUAUAGGAAUAGGAUUAUUAAAUAUUACAAAAAUACGACGUUUAAAACUAUAAGACAAAUAAGGAGCAAUCAGAGCAAAACUAAAUUGAAAUGAUGAAAGAUACAUCUAAGAUACUAUUUGAUAACCUAACAAAGUUUAUGAGUUAAAAAGGGAGAAGAUUAGACGCUAAUGUUAGUUCCUAUAUUAAUUAUAUUCUAGAAAAACUAAAACAGAAUAAUGAAAAGUUAUUGACAUUUAGUCAAACAUUUUUACAAAGAACAGAGAUUAGAUUAACCUAGCUAAGUGAAUAGAUCCAUGAGCAGAGUGAAUUAGUUAUUUAGCUGAAGACUGAGAAGACUAAAUAAGAUAUUCUUUCAAAACUAUAUGCAUAGGGUUACUAAUAAGAUGAUAGAGAGGAAUUCAUAAAGCAAGUAGAUGAUUUCCUUAAAUAGGACAAUGUUAUGGAAUAACUUUAAAAGCUUGCCUAUUCCAAAGAAAGAAUAAAAAAAUUUCAGUUUUCUGGUGUGACUUAAUCUCUGGAUGAGCUGUAUCAAUUAAUGCAGACCUUUUAAGAUCAAGCCAAAUAUUUUAGUGAAUCACAAGAAUAGAACAUCAAUACUCAUGCUUUCAAGUACUUUCAUUCAGACAUUACAACAAAGUUAAAAUCAGCUUAAUUAGAAACAGCCAAAAAAGUAGCAUAAAGAUUUGUUAAGAAUAUUCAAUACAAAGACUAGGAAAUUUAAUGCAAUUAAGAAGAGUAUCGACAAGUUAUUAUGGUGUAGAUUGAUGAUAUGAGUAAGAAAAUAAGCGAUUAAGAGGGAACUAUUAGGGUCUAGGAUUCUAUUAUUAAUUAGCUUCAUGAUGAAAAUAAUAAAGCAUAUAAUGAGAAAGUUUCACUUUUGACUUAGUUGAGAGAUUUAAAAGAAUAACUUUAAUCAUUAGAGUCUAAGGUUGUUCAAAAAAAUAGUGAAAAUGAUUACUAAAACUUUUAAAUAUUCUAAAAUGAAAAGAAAUUCUAAAAUAUGUACGCUGAGGUAGUUUAAAUGAAAUAGACAAUAGAAAAAUAAACCAAAUAAAUUUAGAUACAGGAAAAACAGAUAGAAUAUCUAAGGUAAAAUGAUCAUGAUUUUAGAUUUGAAUUAAAAUAGUCAAAAGCAGAUUAUCAAUAGAAAAUCAGAGAAUUAAGGAAAGCUGAAAAAAAAUUAAUGAAAGUUGGCAGACUUGAAGAAUUUCUUAAAGAAGUUGAAGAUUCUAAAUAGCAAAGUUUAAGUAAAAGUAUUACUUAAACUGCCGAGAUAAGUGGAAGAGGUUCAGCAGGAUUUGAUUAAAGGAGAUAAGAGAUACAUAGUAGAUUAAAGCAAGCUAAUCAUCGAGAAGUGUCUAUUAAUACUGAUUUAGUAGGUAAUGGAUUCAAUGAAUAUAUUUAAAUGUAAAAAGAAAAGGAAACAUAAGAGUUCAUAAAUAAUAAGAUUAAGUAAGCUAUUCAUCAGUAAAUGAAUAAAUCAAAGUAAAGUAAUCAAAGUAUUAAUUCAAUUGAGAGAUCAUCAAAUUUAAUGAGUAAGCGAUAAAGUGAUUUCAAUGUACAAGAUUCUCCAAAUUAAGAAGCUCAAUAAGAUAAAAAAGAUAUCAAAUCUUCAAGACUUCAGUCAGAACAGCCUAACCAUAAAAGAAGAGCGACAUUAAGAAGUUAAGAUAUUAUCAAUCUUGAACAGACCCAGAAACCUAAAAUUUAAUAGACUAAACCUAAAAUUGAAGUCAGCAAAAAUUAAUAAUCAAGGGAAACCCCAAUUAAAGCUUAAUUAAUCGAUAGAGGUCAAAAUAAAAUCAACAGCAACAGUAAAUUUAAGGAAGAUUCUAGAGCUUAAACUCCUAUUUCUGAUGCAAGUUAUAAUUAGGGUCGUAAUUUGAUAUAAAAAAGUGUUUAUGGUAAGAGAGAAGGAACUGAAAUGAUGUCAAAUGAGUAACUCAUAUCAGCUAACACUCUUGAAAGGAUUCCAGAAAUUCGUAAAGGUAAGAUUAAUGUCACAAAACUCUCAGUUACUAUGAUUGAUUGUGAUACGUAAACAGAUCUCUACGAGCUGUUUCAGUUUUUCAUUGAAUUCCUGCAGAAGAUAGAAUAAAUGAUUAGCUCAGGUUAUCUAAAUGAGAUUCUAUUGAAUAGUGGAGUUCUUGAUGAUGAUGAAUAAGCAACAUUUAGACUAUAAAUGUAAAAAAGUACAGAUAGACUACUUGAGCUUCAAAAAUACCUUGGUAAAAUAUCUUCGCUUACUAAUAAGGGAGGAGAUGUGUUUUUUAGAGGUAUAUGCAAGAUUUUCCAGGCUUAACCAUAGAUAUUUUAAUAAGAAUAGAUUGACAGAUUUGUAAAAGAUAAAGAGAUUACUACGGCCUCAUAAGCAAGUUUCAUCUAAGGGGGGAAUUCAAAUAAAAACAAUAUGCUUGUAAAAGUUAAAUAUAGUGUUGGUGGAGGUUAUAAUAAAAACAAGUUAUGA